AUGCGUGGAGGUGUUGGCAGCAGAAUAUGGAGAAGAGGAACUAAAGCCAACUCGAAUAGGGCACGAGAGUGCAUGUUACGCGUGAGGGUAUCCCUCUCUCGCAAAGAGCUUUUAUCCUCGGGAAGAAUACCCUCAUCCCUUUCCCCCAAGCACAAGCCGACUACCCUCUUGUUCAACCAGACGACUAUCACCUCCUCCCACACCGUCCACAACGUAGAGACGCAACCGUAACAUCUAUCGACCCACUCGAUCUCGCAGAGUACGCACGUACCCCUCGCAGACGACAAACGGAGAACCGUACCCACCGCUUAAACGCCUGUCAUAUCCUUCCCCAUCAUCCUUUCCAUCUCUCAAGCACGCAUCACAUCUACUUUGGCCAAGCCUAAGUCGACCACUAAGCCUCGUCUUACGGCCUACGCUCAUGUCGACGGCUACGCAUUCAACGGG